CCUUUCAGACACCAUUGUUAAUGUUUUUAUUCUUUUUUUAUCAGGUGAAUCCUCGAAAUCUAAAUGGUCAAACACCGCUGCACUGGGCCUGUGAUCGGGGACACUUGCACACUGUCGAUCUUUUGUUGGGUCACAAUGGCAUCGAUGCCAAUGUUGUGAACAACGAUGGAGACACACCACUGCAUUGGGCAGUUCGGGGGCGAGAGUAUAAAGUGGUGUGUGCGAUGCUGAACAAGGAUUCGGUGAAUUUAGAAAUUGUGAACAAAGAAUAUAGGACACCAUUGCUUGAAGCUGUUUCGGACGGUCACCUCGGAAUAAUGCAGCGGCUGAUAGCCAGGGGCGCGAAUGUAAAUGUUGUCGAACAUGGAGGAAAUAAUUGCCUGCAUCUGGCGUUAAAAAGAGAAAACAACUUUCAUUCUGAGGUGGAGCACAUGACCAUGUUAGAUCAGUUCUGCAAGGAUCUGAAACUGGGAAGCGAAGAAAGGUACUCUGGCGUGGUGGUUGCCAGUUACCUAGCCCACCACGGGGCCAACUUUUACUGUAAAAACAAAAGUGGCAGAACACCAUUGGACCUAAUAAAAAAGGCAAAAUUAAAAAAAACGUUAAAGACGUUAUUCCGACCAACGCCAUGUCGCUACUGUCAUGAGAACAUGGCCACCGUGAGACUGCAACCAUGUGGAGAUCUUGUUCUCUGCGAGAAUUGUUCUUCUGAAAUGACAUUUAAGAGAUGCCCCGUGUGUCGAGAAUACACCCUCAGCAAAAGUGAAUUUGAGGCUCCAAAGUUUGAGGACAGGUGGGUACAAACAGAGGCUACAUGUCAGGAAUUAGGGGCUGCAUCUCAGGCAAUUGAGUCUCCAGAGUCUGAAGACAAGUGUGUACAAACAGAGGUUGCGUCUGAGGAAAUUGGUGAGUAUAAAAUAACAGUUGCCAAUUGAUUUCUAUAAGUUUUACUUCCCCUGGCCAUAUUGUGCUUCAAAGAAUAACCGGAAACAGGUUACAUUCCGACUUGACGAUUGAAAGAGUAACUGUAUAAUAGUUCUAUUAAAGAUAUCGAUAUUAUUGAAAGUUUAUGGAAUAACCAUUGAGGAUAGCACUGUUGGUAAUAAUGUUCAAAUUAGAAGACACAAUAGAGUUAAUUUUGUCAUUUGGUCACGGAACUCAUCAUCAUCAUCGUUUAACGUCCGUUUUUAUAGUAGCAUGGGUCGGACGAUUUCACAGGCAAGGCAGUAGGCUACGCCAGGCUCCAAUGUGAUCUGGCAAGGUUUCCACAUAUGUAUGCCAUUCCUAACGCCAACCACUCCGAGAGUGUCGUGGGUGCUUUUUACGUGCCACCGACACAGGAGCCAGUUGAGGUUGGGGCUGGCAUUGACCACGUUCGGAUGGUGCUUUUUACUUUCCCCCAGCACAGGGAACCAGUCAGGCGGAACUUGCGACAAACCACUGAAUAACGUUGUUAUAAAUUAAAAGGAUUAAAAAUCAAAUCUCUAAGAGUAUAAGUAUAAUGAUCAUUAACGUUGAUUAAAUAUUAAAUUUAGUAUUGAACGGUGAACAUCUGUUUGCAUUUAAACAAAAUAUUGGUGUUGACAUAAAAUAUAAAGAUAGGAAUUAAAUAUGAUUUCCCUGUGUGAUUUGAUCUCACA